GAUGGGAGAGCCUGGCGAGCUGAAACCCGAGCUCCCGCUCAGCUGGGGCUCAGGGAGGUCCCUGUAAGAGCCGCCUGCCCACCGGCCUCCCCGGUCCCUCCCCGAAGUCACUCGGGCACCGCCGCGGGGACGAUGGAGCUGGGCUGGUGGCCGCAGUUGGGGCUGGCUUUCCUGCAGCUCCUGCUCAUCUCGUCCUUGCCCAGAGAGUACACGGUCGUUAACGAAGGCUGCCCCGGAGCCGAGUGGAACAUCAUGUGUCGCGAGUGCUGCGAAUACGAUCAGAUCGAAUGCGUCUGCCCCGGGCGGAAGGAGGUCGUGGGGUACACCAUCCCUUGCUGCAGGAACGAGGAGAACGAGUGUGACUCCUGCCUGAUCCACCCCGGUUGUACCAUCUUUGAAAACUGCAAGGCCUGCCGGAACGGCUCGUGGGGUGGCGCUCUGGACGACUUCUACGUAAAGGGGGUGUACUGCGCAGAGUGCCGCGCCGGCUGGUACGGAGGAGACUGCAUGCGAUGUGGCCAGGUUCUGCGAGCCCCGAAGGGUCAGAUUUUGUUGGAGAGCUACCCCCUGAAUGCUCACUGCGAAUGGACCAUUCAUGCCAAACCUGGGUUUAUCAUCCAGCUAAGGUUUGUCAUGCUGAGCCUGGAGUUUGACUACAUGUGCCAGUAUGACUAUGUUGAGGUCCGUGACGGGGACGACAGCGACGGCCAGAUCAUCAAGCGUUUCUGUGGCAACGAGCGGCCAGCCCCCAUCCGAAGCUCGGGAUCCUCGCUCCACAUCCUGUUCCAUUCAGAUGGCUCCAAGAAUUUCGACGGCUUCCAUGCCAUUUUUGAGGAGGUCACAGCAUGUUCCUCGUCGCCUUGUUUCCAUGACGGCACUUGCCUCCUUGACAGAACCGGAUCUUACAAGUGCGCCUGCCUGGCAGGCUACACCGGGCAGCACUGUGAAAAUCUACUUCAAGAAGGGAACUGCACAGACCCUGGGGGCCCAGUCAACGGGUACAGGAAAAUAACAGGAGGCCCUGGGCUGAUCAAUGAGCGCUAUGCAAAAAUUGGCACUGUUGUGUCCUUCUUUUGUAACAACUCAUAUGUUCUCAGUGGCAAUGAGAAGAGAACUUGCCAGCAGAAUGGAGAGUGGUCAGGGAAACAGCCCAUUUGCAUAAAAGCCUGUCGAGAACCAAAGGUCUCGGACCUGGUGAGACGGCGAGUUCUUCCGAUGCAGGUGCAGUCCAGGGAGACACCGUUACACCAGCUGUAUUCGUCAGCCUUCAGCAAGCAGAAACUGCAGGCUGCCCCCACGAAGAAGCCAGCCCUUCCCUUUGGAGACCUGCCCGCUGGGUACCAACAUCUGCACACCCAGCUCCAGUACGAGUGCAUCUCGCCCUUCUACCGCCGCCUGGGCAGCAGCCGGAGGACGUGUCUGAGGACCGGGAAGUGGAGUGGGCGUGCCCCGUCCUGCAUCCCUAUCUGCGGGAAAACUGAGAACAUCACUGCUCCAAAGACCCAGGGGCUGCACUGGCCGUGGCAGGCGGCCAUCUACAGGAGGGCCAGCGGGGUACACGGUGGCAGCCUGCAGAAGGAUGCAUGGUUCCUGGUCUGCAGCGGUGCCCUGGUGAACGAACGCACUGUGGUGGUGGCUGCCCACUGUGUAACUGAUCUGGGGAAGGUCACCGUGAUCAAGACAGCAGACCUCAAAGUCGUCCUGGGGAAAUUCUACCGGGAUGAUGACCGAGAUGAGAAGACCAUCCAGAGCUUGCGGAUUUCUGCAAUCAUUCUCCAUCCCAACUACGACCCUAUCCUGCUGGACGCUGACAUCGCCGUCCUGAAGCUCCUGGACAAGGCUCGCAUCAGCACUCGCGUCCAGCCCAUCUGCCUCGCGGCCCCUCGGGACCUCAGCACCUCCUUCCAGGAGUCCCGCAUCACUGUGGCCGGCUGGAACGUCCUGGCAGAUGUGAGGAGCCCUGGCUUCAAGAACGACACGCUGCGCUCGGGGGUGGUCAGGGUGGUGGACUCGCUGCUGUGUGAGGAGCAGCAUGAAGAGCGUGGCAUCCCGGUGAGUGUCACAGACAACAUGUUCUGUGCCAGCCGGGACCCCACCGCUCCUUCCAACAUCUGCACGGCAGAGACGGGGGGCAUCUCAGCUGUGUCCUUCCCGGGACGGGCGUCUCCUGAGCCACGCUGGCAUCUGGUGGGGCUGGUUAGCUGGAGCUAUGACAAAACAUGCAGUCACAGCCUCUACACGGCCUUCACCAAAGUGCUGCCUUUUAAAGACUGGAUCGAGAGAAACAUGAAAUGAGCCUCAGGCCCACUGAGAAGUACCCAGCCGCACCUGUGUGGCACGAGGCACGGUGGACCUGAAGGGUGAUCCUGUCCAUGAACUUGGCUGGGCCAAGGUUGUGAUUUCAGGGACUAAGCUCAGUGGAGGACGAAUGGAGCUCACUCCUUGGUGGGCCACUGCCCCCCUGACUGCUCGGACCAUUUGGAAGACACCAGAGCUGUUAGCAAGAACUGACUUUCUUCAAAAAAGACAAUAAUGAAUAGCAAGGAAAAUGUUCCCAUUCAACCAACCUGGUGGCCUCCCCCACCCCUUCAGUGACGGGAAUGUCAUGGUCAGCUCUGAUCGAGAGAGGGUGGACCAGGACAUCUGGGCCUCGUGAGCUCUCUUCCAAGGCUCCAGCCAGACCCAGUUCCAAGGAGCUGCCUGCAGGCCAGCCCAGGGCAGUGGAGCUUGGGUGUGGCAUCGGCUUUUGUGUACAUUGUCACACCACGUGGUCCUUUUCCUUCCCAAUUCCCUGUACACAUUUUAAUAAAUCGAGGAUUGGCUUCUCUCCUACAGAACAAAGGUGCUACGGCUCUGAUUCCUGCACGCUGCUUCUCUGAGCUACGUGUGUCAGGGCCAAUGACUUGGUGACAGCCCCUUAAAAUA